UCUAAGACCUGCAUCACUUCGGGCUUUCCUCCCACAUUAAGCUGACACACCGUGAUAUAACUGGAAUACUGUUAAAAGCGGCGCUAAACCCAACUCACUCACUCACUUAUUCAUUUUGAUAGAUAUGUACAUGAGCAUUAAUCAUGUUAAUUAGGCACGAACUACUUUUUCUAAUAUGUGCUCCAUUUAAAAAUGACUGGUGUGGUUCAUUGAUUGAGUCACAACAAAAGUGUCUGUAAACCAAGAAACAUAAUGCCUUGCACUAUCCUCACACAGAUGAAACUUGCAAUCAGCAUGAUCAGUACUGACUAUUGGCAUUAUGUGAAGAAUUGUAAAACCAUUCAUUUCAACAAAGCUGAAAAGUAUCGGCACCCAGCCCACACCAUGAAUCGGACUGUCACAUUAGAAACAGAAAAACGAUUACUGCCAACCUCUGAAUCCACACCGACCGCAAUCAGUGUCUGGGGUUUCCACCCCAGGUGAUGUCCUAUGACCAUGAUGAGGUAUUAGAUUUCAUCACCCUGUUAUAGUCAAAAUAAGGAAUUGCAUCAGUAUAAUUUGUGUUGUUGAUCACUUGAUGCGUCAAAUUUGGAAAUGUCCUCUUGAUGUCCGCCAUUAAACCUUUUGAUAGCUUUGUAUGUUGUGACUCUGAUUAAAUUUUUUAAUCAGUUUGUUAAUAGUUGUUUGACGCUCUUUCAAAUCAUGCCUAAAUGUGAUAUCCUCCAAAUUUCACAUAGAUCAAAUAGCCUGUCUCUUAUCAAUGAGAAGUCCAUUUUUGGUACCUCGGUUUCAGAUCGCGAUACAGAUACACUUUUUAUAUUAAUCAGUUUGUGUGUGUGGGCAGGGUCACACUCAUUUGGCAAUAUACAGUACUUAGUUAUAAGUAUGUAACCAGCACACAAGUGUCAUGUCGUAUGUCAGUGUAAAGGUAUAUGUUCCAUCACCAGCUGGUUUAAUUCUCUUUGCAUCAUGAUAAGUAUUUAAUCAUACACCAUCAAACUGUGUAUGAACCAAACCCUAGUUGUUAUUGGCGGUGUUCUUGUGGAAACAUCUUCAGGAAAAGCAGAAACAUGGUAAAGGAACGUGACAACUCUUUAUGUUUUCAAUGAACACCAUAACAUUCGCAACUUAAUAAUGGAAGUACAAAGUCAACCACACAAUCCUGCUCUGUUACUGAAACAAAUGUAAUCUAGAACAGUGGGAGAGAGUUGCUAGAACCAGGUUAUGUCAAGAAAGAACCUGUCACUGACAUGCUGGAAACAGGUGACAUCAAGAAAUACAAAGGAAUCAAUCCAUUGGGAAGGGAUUUACACAGUCAGAUAACCUGACGGCACACAUGAGGAUUCACCUUGGAAUCCAGCCUUAACAGUGUGGUGAAUUUGGGAAAAGAUUUACAGAGUCAGAUAACCUGAUGGCAUACAUGAGGAUUCACCUUGGAAUCCAGCCUUAACAGUGGGGCGAAUUUGGGAAAGGAUUUACACAGUCAGAUAACCUGACGGCAUACAUGAGGAUUCACCUUGGAAUCCAGCCUUAACAGUGGGGCGAAUUUGGGAAAGGAUUUACACAGUCAGAUAACCUGACGGCAUACAUGCGGAUUCACCUUGGAAUCCAGCCUUAACAGUGGGGCGAAUUUGGGAAAGGAUUUACACAGUCAGAUAACCUGAUGGCAUACAUGAGGAUUCACCUUGGAAUCCAGCCUUAACAGUGGGGCGAAUUUGGGAAAGGAUUUACACAGUCAGAUAACCUGAUGGCAUACAUGAGGAUUCACCUUGGAAUCCAGCCUUAACAGUGGGGUGAAUUUGGGAAAGGAUUUACACAGUCAGAUAACCUGACGGCAUACAUGAGGAUUCACCUUGGAAUCCAGCCUUAACAGUGGGGCGAAUUUGGGAAAGGAUUUACACAGUCAGAUAACCUGACGGCAUACAUGAGGAUUCACCUUGGAAUCCAGCCUUAACAGUGGGGCGAAUUUGGGAAAGGAUUUACACAGUCAGAUAACCUGACGGCAUACAUGAGGAUUCACCUUGGAAUCCAGCCUUAACAGUGGGGCGAAUUUGGGAAAGGAUUUACACAGUCAGAUAACCUGACGGCAUACAUGAGGAUUCACCUUGGAAUCCAGCCUUAACAGUGGGGCAAAUUUGGGAAAGGAUUUACACAGUCAGAUAACCUGACGGCAUACAUGAGGAUUCACCUUGGAAUCCAGCCUUAUCAGUGUGUUGAAUGAGGGAAAAGAUUUACACUGUCAGAUAACCCUAAGAUAGAUAAGAGGGUUCACUGUGGAAUCAAGCCAUAUAAGUGUGUUGAAUGUUGUAAAGUUUUUGCACAAUCAUCUCACCUGCAGACACAUAUGGCAAUGCACAGUGGAAUCAAGCCAUAUCAGUGCAUUGAAUGUGAGAAAGCAUUGGACAAUCAUAAACCUGCAGACACAAAUGAGGAGUCACAGUGGAAUUGAGCCCUAUCAAUGUGUUGAAUGUGAGAAUGAAUUUACAGAGUCAAUUUCCCCGUGGAGACACAUGAGGAUUCAUAUCGGAAUGCUAAUUUGAGUGUAUUAAGAUAUAAUUUGUGUAAUGACUAUACCUGUAUACCUGAUAAAUAAUAAUCAAAUUGUUAUUGUGUAAUCCUUUAAUCCAUGCAUUGGCAUUUGACACGAGAGAUGUGUGUAUUCCAUCUGUUCUAUGUAACUAAAUAUAUCCACAGAAGGUAUUAUUAUUUGAAAAGAAUUAUUUUCAUGGAGAUGGUUAAUACCGAGUGUGUGCCAAUCAAUCAUCCUCACAUUUUUCAGCAGCUUGUCACUCUGUUAUUAUUCAACAUCUUUGAUUGUCUGUCUGCACAUGGGAAUAAGUUGUGAGAGUUAUCUAUGUCAAAUAUAUUAUUCAUUUCAAUCCAUUUAUGUACAUGAGCAUUGAUUAUGCCACACCCACCUUUUAGGAUAUGUGCUACAUAAAAGAAUAAAAAGAGUAGUAAACUGACAAACAGAAUGCACUUAACUAGUUUCUACUGCUACCCUCACACAAAUAAUGAAGCUGAUGCUAUCAAUGGGAUCUGAUUUAUUGGUGUUAUGCGAUGAAACAUACAUCAUGUUCAUCAUGUUCAUUUCAACAAUGCUGAAAGGUAUCGGCACCAAGCCCAUACCUUGAAUGGGACUGUCACAGAAUGCUGAGAAAAACAAUUAUUGUCCACCUCAGAGUCACCACUGACUCUGCAAUCAGUAUGUGGAGUAUCCACUCCUCUUACUGACGACAUUCGCGAGGUGUCUCUUCGUGCUGCUGAUCAGAUGCCAGUAUCUUCAGGUUCUGAUCUGGAGGGUCUCAAUCUUCAAGUGUUUAAUCAUGAUUCAUUUCCUAUCAUCAACUUGUGUAUGGUCCAAGCCUUGGUUGUUAUUAGUGGCAUUCUUAUGGAAACAUCUGUAGGAAAUGCAUUAAUUUGAUAGAGGCAAAUAAAAACCCCUUUAUGUUUUCAGUGAACACCAUAACAUCCACAAGUUAAUAAUGGAAGUACAAAGCCAGACAGAGAUUCCUGACUCUUUUACUGAAACAAACAUUGAUAGAGAAUUGCUGGAAACAGGUGAUCUUAAGAAACCUAGUAGAAUCCAGCCUUAUCAGUGUGUUGAAUGUGGGAAGGAAUUUACAACGUCAAGUCACCUGCAGAGACAUCAGAAGAUUCAUGGUGGAAUCGAACCUUAUCAGUGUGGUGAAUGUGGGAAAAGAUUUACACAGUCAGAUAACCUGAAGAGACACAUGAUGAGUCACAGUGGAAUCCAGCCUUAUCAGUGUGCUGAAUGUGACAAAGAAUUUACACAAUCGGAUCAACUGCAGACACACAUGAUGAGUCACAGAGGAAUCAAGCCUCAUCAGUGCCUUGUGUGUAAUAAAACAUUCACACGGUCAAGUAGCCUACAGACACACAUGCGGAUUCACAGUGGAAUUCAGCCUUAUGAAUGUGUUGAAUGUGGGAACAAAUUUACAUACUCAGCUAGUCUGCAAAGGCACAUGAGGACUCACACUGGAAUCAAGCCUUAUCAGUGUGUUGAAUGUGGUAAAGAAUUCACUGAGUCAGGUGCCCUUCAGAAACACAUGAGGGUUCACACUGGAGUCAAGCCUUAUCAGUGUGGUGAAUGUGGGAAAAGAUUUACACACUCUCAAAGCCUCGAGAAACACAUGAGGGUUCACACUGGAAUCAAGCCUUAUCAGUGUGUUGAAUGUGGUAAAGAAUUUACUGAGUCAGGUGCCCUUCAGAAACACAUGAGGGUUCACACUGGUAUCAAGCCUUAUGAGUGUGUCGAAUGUGGGAAAGCAUUUGCACAAUCAUGUAACCUGCAGACACACAUGACGAUUCACAUUGGAAUCAAGCCUUGUAAGUGUGUUGAAUGUGGCAAGGAAUUUACACAAUCACGUUACCUGCAGAGACACGUGAUGACACACAGUGGAAUCAAGGCUUAUCAGUGUGUUGAAUGUGGGAAAAGAUUUACACAGUCAAGUGCCCUGCAGAGACACAUGGGAAGUCACAGUGGAAUCAAGCCUUUUCUAUGUGAUGAAUGUGGGAAAGGAUUUACACAGUCACGUUACCUGCAGAGACACAUGAAGAUUCACAGAGGAAAGAAGCCUCACCAGUGUGAUUAGUGUGGGAAAGGAUUUACACAGUCAGUUGCCAUGCAGAGACACAUGAGGAAUCACAGUGGUAUCAACUGACUGGAUCGAGCGGACAAAUCAUGUGAGCUCUUUGAAUGAACACAUGAAAAGGUUUUGAAAAUCUCUGUCGAUGCCCAGUUGACUGUAAAAAUCAUGUGCAAAUCCUACAGUCAACUGAAAUUUGCACGUUGAAAUCCAUGUUGUUUAUGAACUGUAUGUUGAUGUCGUUUCACGAUUGUGAUUGGACUAUGUAUAGACUUGUUAGUCCAGCCAAAAUAUAACUCCACAAUACCAGCCCAAUUCGGCAAUUGUGGAAACUGGAUUUUUACAGUCAGUUAACUCUGUUGCCUUGAUCUUCAAGGAGAUGGGCAAUAUGAAGUGUAUGCUAAUCCAUCAUCAAGGCAUUUCAGAACAGGUUGUUACUCUAUUUUCAGAAUUAUACAACAUCUUUGAUCGUCUACACAUGGCAAAAGUUGUGAAAGUACACCUGUCUAUUUUCAAUAUGUUAUUCAUUUUGGGGGGCACGGGUGGCCCAGUCGUCUAAGGCGCCGCUAUCCGCUGUGCAGAGUUGCGUCCCUUGGGCAGCCAGA